CAACAAGAUGUAUUGAACCAAUCGGGAUAAUAGUGGAAACCACUCGAGUAACCCAGGGGGUAGAUAGCGUGAUAAGCGGAUGAAAUGACAUCGUUAUUAAUAACUGCAUUAAAUAGAUAUUAUCUUUCAAUAUAUGCCGCGGCUAAAUGUUUCUAUAGUAACGUAGCGUCUGUUUUCGAUACAUUUGCGUCUCCGUUAACUCUUGUAUUAUAUUGUAAAGUAGGAUUUCUACUAUAAGGGAAAACUGGCGAAGACUGGAAGUAUAUGUGGCUGUUUGGAGAUGCUAGUAGAUAGUGUAUGAAGUAGUCGAUAUAGAAAUAUUGUCGCGACACACCAGCAGGACGAAGAUGGAUUUAAAAGCACCGGUGAAAAUAUAGAGCGGAUAAUAAAAUUGGUCAUUUAUUCAGAAAUAGCUGUGAACAAAAUUGAUUCUUUCGAGAAAAAUAUUGUAAAUAUGAAUAAUUGAUAACGCGACAACGGGAUUGGAUUUAAGGAAAUGUGAAUGUGGAGGGGCUAUUGGUCGGUAUGGGGCUUGUAGCCCUUUUCUAAGUAAUGGCCAGAACCCACAAAGGUUGCUGUUCCACCUUGCAUUUACGGGAAGACAAUGCGCGCUUUUUUCUUCUUAUGCUAGUUAUGGUGGUAUAUAUGUUAGUGGGUGCAUCGGUGUUUAUGGUGCUGGAAAGAGAAAAUGAAGAAAAGGAAAAGAAAAAUUACAAUGCUCAUUUACAAAACUUUUAUGAAAAAUAUCCGUCGGUAAAUAAAAGUGACUUGGAAGAUUUACUUAAACUUCAUUCGGGGGCGGAAUCAGCUGGAUUUGUCGGAAACAAGAGGCCGAGAUGGGAUUUUUCGGGAUCCUUCUACUUCGUCGGAACGGUUGUGUCAACCAUCGGAUUUGGCAUGACAACACCUCGUACAACAGAAGGUAAAAUACUGCUGAUCUUUUAUGGUUUCUUCGGCUGUGCUGGGGCUAUCUUGUUCUUUAAUCUGUUUUUAGAAAGAAUAAUAACAUUCUUGGCAUAUAUAUUAAGAGCAAUUCAUGAUCGCAAGAUGAAGAGAAAAAUGGGAAUCAACAACAAUAAUGAUGAUAAUCGUAGAGAUUCUGGAUCGCUUGACGAAGACUCUUUGACAGAAUGGAAGCCUUCAGUUUAUUGGGUUAUGUUAAUAUUACUAUUGGGAGCAGUGGUAGUAGCCUGUUGUGCCUCAGCUAUGUACUAUCCUGUUGAGGACUGGACAUACUUUGAGGCAAUUUACUUUUGUUUCGUGACAUUCGCAACAAUAGGAUUUGGGGAUUACGUGGUUAGUCAGAAGGAACACUAUUCAAGCGUGCAUUUUUAUCGUUUAGGAAAUUUUAUUUUCAUAGUUAUAGGAUGUUGCUGCAUAUAUAGCUUAUUCAAUGUAACAUCAAUUGUGAUAAAACAAGCAUUAAACUGGAUAAUUAAAAAGCUUAAUUGUGAAUGCAGGGUUCGACGGCCACCUACUGGUCGGAGGAAUGCCAUUACGCCGGGCCAUCUUAGUCGACGUACAAAAGGUAAUACUGUAACAGUAGACGUAGAAUGUGAUAGUGAUUCUGAGGGUGGAGGCAGAAGAAACUCAGGGGAAAUGAUUUCUAUGCGAGAUUUUUUGCAAGCAAACAAAAUAUCAUUGGCUAUGAUGCAAAAACAGCUAUGGGAGACGUCUCAACGUGCACAGGGAGGCUCAGGCGGGAAUGGUUUCCAAGGCGGAGUUGGUCCACUGGCAAUAUUAAAUAGAAAACUUGGUCAGGAUGAUGUGUAAAUAUUCUGUGAUGUCUUAAAAGGUUUUGCUCAAGUUUUGAUAUGAUGGAGACCGAAACUGAUUUACUAUUACAUAAGGUUUGCACAAAAAACAUUGAAUCAAACAAAGCCUUUAGAAAAAAUUAAAUCUUAAAUAAAGCUUUAUAUGUAUCAGAGGGUCUUUAAAGGAAAAUGUAAAGCUGACGACACUUCAUAUACAAGAGAUACUGACUCUUGAAAGAACUAUAAAGUGUAAGCUCACAUUUUGAUACAAUGUCAAUGCUUGUUAUGUUUAUGUGAUAUUUUCUCGUUCCUUCGAACAAACUUUUAGCGGCAUCGUUUUCAUUUGUUGCUUGUCUUCGUUUCAUAGCAACAAGUAGACGUAAACAGAAUGAACAGAUCUUAUCUCUGUCUGUGGAAAUAUUAUUUGCUUUCCUUUUUAUGAAAUGUAUUAACGUACUUUUCUUUUUUAAUGAUCGGAUUAUUUGAACGUGAUAAACACAGCUUAAUAUACGUUAAUGAAGUCAUGUAAGUAACGUAUAGGCAUAAACUAAUGCUUGUUGGUCUCCUGCCUUACUAUUGAAUGGCCAAAGUUUUUAGCAAUCAUACUUUGAUAUGCAGUUCAUCUUAAUGACUUAAGUUGGAAGCAAUUUAUUUGUAUGUGUUCGUAUAUAGAUUUAUUUGAAAUGAAAUAUGUUAAAAUUUGUUUGUUUAUACAUCACAACUAGCUUUAUUCAGUAUUAUUAUUGUUUGAAUGUACGUAUUUUUAAACGGUAGUGUCUAAAAUUUACACACUUGUGUUUUAUGUGUAUUCUGCAGACAUUUAUGUGAAAUAUAUAAAAGAUAUUUUUUUCGCUGAUGUCUUUUGGGCUGAUAUACAUCUCACUAAAAGUAAGAGAAUAGUACUUUUUCACAGCGCGAUUGGAAAUGUUGAUAUUUUCUCACUUUGACGUGAGAUGUUUUACAUAUUCAUGACAAAGUUUUCCUUUGUGUUGUUGCGUGCAAACUAAAACAGAAUAUCUAAUAUUUAAGCACAUGAAUCAAACAGAUAAACGAAAAAAUGCACUGGGCAUUCAAUGCCUGCUCAAAAUAUGCUCGCAUUGAAGUGUAAUGUUUUCACAAUGAUCUUGAAGUUAUGAUAUUUGAAUCAAAAGUUUUUGAAAAGAACAAAAUACAAAAAAUAAUUUUGAUGUUUAUUUACGCAAUAUGAAAAUCAACACACGCUUUAACACGUGAGUGAUAAGGAUUUUAUGUCAAUGAUGAAACCCAGAAUAGCUUUUGCAAUAGUUUACACAUUGAUACACAGUUAUUGUUACAUUUUAAAGACAUUUUCAUUGAAACGGGAUAGUCAAUAACACUCGUUUUUUACACCAGUUUCAGUAUGUUCUCAAGUCCAAAUAAAUAUUGCUGCUAAGAUAGGUUUUUUCACUACAACUGAAUGUACACUUGGAAACCUUUGUUAUCUUAAAGAGUGAAUGCUCUUUGAGAAACUUAAACUUUCUAAAGGACUGAAUGCUCGCUAGGAUUUCUCGCUAGGUUUUCUCAAUGACUUAAUGCUCGCAGGAAAACCUAGUUUUUUUCAAUGAAUAAAUGAUCGCUGGAAACCUAGAUUAUCGGAAUGAAUAAAGGUUCACUGGAAACCUAAGUUAUCUCAAUGACUAAAUGUUCACUAGAAGCCUAGGUUAUCUCAAUGCAUGAAAGCUGUUUAAGAAAUCUAGGUUAUUUCAACGUAUUAAUGUUUGAUGAAAACCUCAAUGCAAAUUUGUUAUCAUUUCUCGACGUCUUACCAUACUUGUGUCUUUAAAUCAUACAUAUGUGCUACAAUUAUAAUAAGUGACAGAUAAAUACCAGUACGAACUCGUUAUGAAUUAUAGCAAUCAUGUACUAUUUGCUUUGCCGCCCUAUAUUUUUGAACAGGUAUGUAUUUUUGUUUGUUCAGAGGGCCUUGUCAAAUACUUUUUUAAAAUUUCAUUUUAAUGUUGUUGUUAAAUUGUGAUAUUAUUUCUGUACAUAUAAUAACAAUAACAAUACAAUUAUACACGGAUCCAAUUACUAGUGCUUUCUUAAGUUUGUACAUAUAUCGAACAUAAUAACUAAUAUUCAGUCAUUCUUGAUUUACAGAGUUACCUCCUUUGUUAUAUAAAACAACAUAUUUUUUUUUGAAAUUAACAUUUGUUUCUUAUUUAUAUGUCAUUGUAUAUAACCUAAUCGU